CGGUGCAGCAUGCGGCAAAGCUCUUUGCAUAAAUUAUGCUCAUGACGCAGCAGCUAAAAAAAUCCAAGUAGCAGAAGGAGGGAAAAAGGGGGGGAGAAAAAAGGGGGGGCCGUAAAAGGAGGAAAGAAGAAAUAUAUAUAUACCUGACCGUCCCCCCCCCGCCAGCUUCCCCUUCCCGCUCCCGGCCGUCCCCCCACCGCCCAGCGCAGCCCACGAAGUCCCUUCGGUUCUGCCCAGCCCGGGCUGGGGGCCCGGGGGCGGCGGCGGGUCCCGACCGGUUCCCGGGCCGAGCCGAGCCGAGCCCAGCCAAGCCGCACUGGCUUCUUUGUCUGCGGGCGGCGGGCACCCCGGCCCCGGCCCCCGGUCCCCCGGCCCGGACUGUGAGAUGAAUCUCUAAUCGGUGGCCGCCGGGCACCCGGGGCGAAGGCGGCUGGGGCUCAGGCUCCGGAUGUGCUAGGUGUGGGCGGCCCCCACCCCACCCUGACAAGUGACCAUGGAUCCAGGAGCUGGCCCAGAGUCUUCUCUGACUGUCAAUGAGCAGGUCAUCGUGAUGUCAGGCCAUGAGACCAUCCGUGUGCUGGAAGUCGGCGUGGAUGCCCAGAUCCCUGCUGAGGAAGAAGGCAAAGGACUGGAGAGUGCGGCCACCAAGGGCUCCCAGAUUGGAGGCCCUGCAGAAGCCAGUGAACAUGCUGGUGAAGCUGGGCCAGAAAACCCAGACACCACUGCAGAGGCAACUGUGAAGUCACUCCCGGGAAUCCCUUCAAGCCCUGCCCCUGCUCUCGCCACCUUCAACCAAGUCCCAAGCCAGCCUCAGACAUCGCAGACCCUAACACCACUGGCUGUACAAGCUGCCCCCCAGGUCUUGACUCAGGAAAACUUAGCCACAGUUCUGACAGGAGUUAUGGUUCCAGCAGGGGCAGUUACUCAACCUCUUCUUAUCCCCAUCAGUAUUGCAGGUCAAGUGGCUGGUCAGCAGGGGCUGGCCGUGUGGACAAUUCCUACAGCAACCGUGGCUGCCCUCCCAGGACUGACCUCUGCUUCUCCUACGGGGGGAAUUUUCAAACCACCUUUAGCCGGUCUCCAAGCAGCUGCCGUGCUGAACACCGCUCUUCCGGCACCUGUACAAGCCACCCCACCGGCACAGGCCUCCUCGCCCGCCCAGCCCCGGCCACCAGCUCAGCCCCAGACGCUGUUCCAGACCCCACCGCUGCUACAGACCACACCUGCCAUUCUACCGCAGCCCACUGCUGCCACCGCUACUGCCCCCACCCCCAAGCCAGUGGACACCCCCCCACAGAUCACCGUCCAGCCUGCAGGCUUCGCAUUUAGCCCGGGAAUCAUCAGUGCUGCUUCCCUCGGGGGACAGACCCAGAUCCUGGGCUCCCUCACUACAACUCCGCUCAUUGCCAACGCCAUUCCCAGCAUGCCGGGGGUCGGCAGUCAGAUCCUCACCAACGCUCAGGGACAGGUUAUUGGAACACUUCCGUGGGUAGUGAACUCGGCUAGCGUGGCAGCCCCAGCACCAGCCCAAAGCCUGCAGGUCCAGGCUGUGACCCCCCAGCUGCUGCUGAACGCCCAGGGCCAGGUGAUCGCGACCCUAGCCAGCAGCCCCCUGCCUCCACCAGUGGCUGUCCGGAAGCCAAGCACGCCUGAGUCCCCUGCUAAGAGUGAGGUGCAGCCCAUCCAGCCCACGCCAGUCGUGCCCCAGCCUGCUGUGGUCAUCACCAGCCCAGCCCCAGCAGCCAAGCCAUCUGCCUCUGCUCCCAUCCCAAUUACCUGCUCGGAGACGCCCACUGUCAGCCAGUUGGUGUCCAAGCCACAUACCCCAAGUCUGGAUGAGGACGGGAUCAACUUAGAAGAGAUCCGGGAGUUUGCCAAGAACUUUAAGAUCCGGCGGCUAUCCCUGGGUCUCACCCAGACCCAGGUGGGUCAGGCUCUGACCGCAACAGAAGGCCCGGCCUACAGCCAGUCAGCCAUCUGCCGGUUCGAGAAGCUGGACAUCACACCCAAGAGUGCCCAGAAGCUGAAGCCGGUGCUGGAGAAGUGGCUGAAUGAAGCCGAACUCCGGAACCAGGAAGGCCAGCAGAACCUGAUGGAGUUUGUGGGAGGUGAGCCCUCUAAGAAACGCAAACGCCGCACCUCCUUCACCCCCCAGGCCAUAGAGGCUCUCAAUGCCUACUUCGAGAAGAACCCACUGCCCACCGGCCAGGAAAUCACCGAGAUUGCUAAGGAGCUCAACUACGACCGGGAGGUUGUGCGGGUCUGGUUCUGCAAUCGGCGCCAGACGCUCAAGAACACCAGCAAGCUGAACGUCUUCCAGAUCCCUUAGGGCUCGGCCCCCAGCCUGUGUUCCAGCACUUUGUACUUGUCCCUUGACACCUGUCUGCAACCGAGGCCGUGACAGCACCUGUCGUUCUGCCACCUGCAGCUGUGCUUGUCCUGGGUCUUGAGGCUCUGCUGUGCGCCAGCUGCCUCCCUCCUCUCCCCCACGUAUCGCACAUGAUGGGGAGGGCAGAGGGGCCCACUGAGAGUGCCAGGCUCGGGGCAGCUCACGCCAAGGGAGGGGAUUUGUGGUGUCACUUAAAGAAGCACUUUGCUAACAUGGUUUUUGAAGGGUGAAUUCUGGUUGGGAACCAGAAACUCCCCAUCUUUGGGGCAGGGCUGCAGCAGCCCCUAAGGACUGGCCAUUACCUCUUGUUUGCAAUGGCAUUCUCUCUCCACCUUCUACUCCCUUUGGCUCCUCUGUGUGAGUGUGGCAGCUAUGGCAGCUUGUCCGGUAGAACCACAGCCUCACCCCAUUUUGCCUACAGGCACACUGUCCCCUGAAAGGGCCCAAGAGACACAAUUCUGAGAAGUGUGAUGUGCUGCUAAGAAGGCCAGGCUCAGUGUCUGCCUUGACCUCAAGGUCAGAAGGUUCCACAGGCCUGGGGCCAGAACAUGUCACCUCCUCUGCCACCUCUCCCUGGUUCCUUUGGGGGAAAAUUGCACUAAAGCAGAAACUUUUCUUUUGUAAUCCAUGUUGGAAGGAAGCAACAGUGAACUCUAGCUGUCCUGGAGUUGACCUUGGGUCUAUGGCAGGUUGGGAACUUAGUAGAUAAGGCCAUCCUCCAAGAUUUCAGUUUAAUCUCUGUCCAUGACUGUUUUCUCCCAAAACAGUGUGGGUUAAGAGAACUGGCAGCCUGGAAAAUCCCACUGCCCAAGUAAGCAGGCACUUUGGAGAAAAACGAGGAAAGGACUCUUGAGUCUCGUCAUCACACUCUCCCCCCACCCUGGACUGGGGCUUUCUCAGAAGGGGCAAAUUAAACAAUCAACCAGACAGCAAGGCCCUGGGGAAAAGGCCACCAUCCCAAAAGAGCUGAUGGCAGCCCAGGAAGGUCUCUUGCAGACGAUGACUUAACUCUAAUUUUUGCUGUAACUUUGAGCCUUGGAUACUGGAGGAAAAAUCUUCUUUUGUCCAGAGUCUCAGACCCUGUGUUUGUGUAAGCAUCCCCCCGUCCCAGCCAGUGCUCCGCUGAUCCAAGAAUACUCCUAGAGCAGGAUGAUUUUGGCCUCUAGAGAGGGUAACUAUGGCACAUUGGAGGUUGGCAUCUCAUCCAAGCUGCUAAGUGAGUUUCCCAGCCUCGCUGUGGCUGGACAACCCCGGGAACUCAGCGUGUGACUCCACGAAGGCAGGAGAGCUCUGAGAGGUUUGCUUAGGUGAGCCCAGCCUUGCUGUGUAGAGCAUCCCUAAAGGGCCACAAGUCACAGCAGUCAGCCGCCUCCUCUCUUUAAUACUCUUGCCCUUCCAGAGCCAGGUCCCUAGCAGCUGCCCUCCUCUGCGCCUCACGUGAUGUACUCUGAGGAGGUGACGGCCAGGCGAGGGCACAUCUGCCUCCGCUGGCCCCCGGUGCAGCCACCUCCUAGCUGUGCUUCCUCUGGCAUGCUGUUUCUUUUCCUGCCUACGACGGGUCCCUCCCAGACCCUCCAGUGCCAGCGUGCCCACCCUCUGGGUAGCCCUGCCAGUUAGAGGACAGCUGUGUGUCAGACUGCCACACACACAUACUCUCCUCGCCCCACUGCACUGUGACCAAACCUGCCAGAGUGUGGUGGGAGUGAGGAAGCAGGUGGGCAUCUUGCCUGCCCCUGGGAGAGAAUGUCUCCAUGCGGGAGGCUCCACACUCAAGUGCAGGGUUAUCAGCCUGUCUCAAUGAGGUGAUAUGCUCGCUAGGGAGAGGCAUCGUAAACAAAUUUUCAGUAAUGAAGUACCAGAGUUUAUUACGGAUUCGGUGAUUUACACUUCAAUAAAUUAGAGAGAUUCAGGUUUUCACCCUCCAACACUUGCAUUCAGAUAUGCUUUCUUUUUUGUUUUGGGGAGACAGUUGGGUCGCGGCUGGUACUCUGGGUGUAGCAAAUAAUCCAGGGUGUGUCCAUGGCAGUGGAUAUGCAGGACACCAUCUGCCCUGUGUCAGGGCAGGAAAAAGAUAAUGCACUGCUGGUCUAAAUUAGGCCUGGCCAUGCUUUCUCAGCUCCUCCCUCGUCUAAAUCUGUCUUCUCAAGGCUGGGCUAGAACUAAACCAUUUUCUCCUCUGCAGGACAGAUGGGUAAAUCUUUCAGUGGAAUGAAACCAAGGGCAGAAUACUUGCCGGCCAAAUUCCCCAGGCAGGGGGUGGGUCCCUGAUGUGUGCCCAAAGCAGAGCUCACCAGCCUGCCUCACCAGCCUCUACUCCUGGGAAGCAGCUGUGGCCCUGAGGGUGGGUUUUCUGUUUUGUUUUUGGUAGCAUCAGGCUCUCAAGAGAGUUGAUAUAAAUUUUGGUUUGAAAGCACCUUUCUGGAUUUAACGCCAGGGCUCCUUGGCUCCUUUGCCGUGGAAAGGCAGGAGAAAGGGCAGAACUGGUUUCGCAGUUUAUGUGUGGUUUUGUUUGUUUUAAAUGAAAGAAAGACCAAAACUUUCUAUGGCCUGGCGAAUUAGCUGGGGCCUUUGACCCUGCACUACACAUGGUCUUUUAUCGAGGUGGAGUCCAGGGAAAGAAUUCGGCCAAAUGGAUUGAGGAACACACUUGAAUUUAGAACGGAAGACAUUUUUGUGCCCUUGGAAAUCCAAGCACCUUCCUAGGCCCAGAUUCCCUUCCUGUGUCAUAGGCCAGGCUCCGACACUGAGGUUCUGACUGUCCUCUGGACACAGGGCAAAACCUGCUGAGCGUUGGAGUGAGGGGUGGGGAGGGGAAAAGCACUUGAUGUAGUUGUGUGGAAUAAACAGUAUUUUUCUUUUG